AUGGCAGAAUCAUUCAGGAUUAUCAUAGUCGGUGGAGGGAUUGGUGGCUUGUCCGCUGUACGUUAUCGAGCAACUGAGGACACCAAUUUACUAAGAAUAUCCCAGGCAAUUGCGCUACGAAAAGAUGAUCGAGAGAUCACGGUCCUCGAGCAAUCUUCUUUGAAUCGUGAGAUUGGAGCAACGAUCUCUUUACAACCUAACGCUUCGAAAAUUGUUGAGAGGCAAUGGGGGCUGGAAGCUCCCCUUCACGCCAAGGGGUCGAUGAUUGACCAGGGAUUUCAGGUGUACAAUCUUGAUGGUGAACUCCAGAUGCGACAGCCUCUAAACACGACGGCGAAAUAUGGAUCCGAACGUAUGCUUUACCAUCGUGUGGAUCUCCACGACGUAAUGAAAAGUCGGUGUACAGAUUCAGCAUAUUCUGGUCGUCCAGUGACUAUUCGGGUGUCUAGCAAAGUCGUCUCAUGUGAUGUUGAACAAGGCACGGUUGUGCUGGAGAGUGGGGAGAGGCUGACGGCAGACCUAAUCGUAGCAGCCGAUGGCAUCAAAAGCACUAUCAGGGAAGCUGUUCUCGGAGAUAGAGUUGACCCUAUGCCGACUGGCCAUUCUGCAUAUCGCAUUGUGAUCCCUAUGGACGAAAUUGCAAGCAGUCAAGCCUUCACAGAUGUUUUAAAUCCACAAGAGUCAUUCACAACGAUGGUUUUAGGUCACGACAAAAGGCUCAUAAUGGGACCGGCAAGAAACUCAUCAAUAUACAGUAUCGUCGCCAUGAUCCCCGAUGAGACCAUGCAUGAAUCAUCCACUGAAUCAUCCUGGAACACCAGAGCCGACCUGUCCCAAAUGCUGUCCACUUUCAAGGAUUUCCCAGCUUGGGCAAGGGUGCCUCUUGAGCUUGCAAAAGAAGCUGGUCUAUGGAAGCUAAGAGACAUAGACCCAUUACGAACAUGGUACAGGGGUCGUGCCAUUCUCAUUGGUGAUGCAGCGCACGCGAUGCUCCCCACACAGGGUCAAGGCGCAAGCCAAACUGUUGAGGACGCCGAGGCACUUGGAGCGUUCUUCUGUGGUACAAGUGGCAAUCAAACGGCAAUAGACAUCGAGGCCAUCAACAAGCUGGUUUUCGAUUGUAGAUAUGAGAGAGCUACGUUGAUUCAGACUUUCAGCCGACAGGCAGCAAGACCUGCCACUGAUCUCAGCGACCACACCAUCAAAAUGAAUCCAAACGAGUUCAUGCAUUAUAACUUUGAUUAUACUGGGGCACUGGAUUGGAUAAAGAGGCACGAUUUGCCCACUCCACGUAGACAAGAGAGUGACAAGGCAUUUGGAAGUAAAUUCACUUCCAUGGAUAAGGGAGACACGGAUUUUCGACGACUACUUCAGGUUGUAGAGCCAUAA